GCUACAGUUCAGAGGUUCAUAAUCCAUAGGGAACUCAAAAUAAUUUAAAGGGUGAUAUAAUUUCAAUUUCUAUGAGGUAUUCCGAUGUAAUUUUUUUAUAACACGAGGUCUCGAUGAUUUAUGUAGCUUAGGGCCUCACCAAAUCUAAAUCUAGCCGAUAAUCUUCGAGAAGAUGGCCGUGGGUGUGAUGAUUACAGAUAUAUGGAAAUUGAAACAGAUGUUGUCUCAAAUACCAGUGGUUCUGCCCGUUUGCGCUUAGCCAAUACUGAUGUAUUAGUUGGAGUGAAAGCAGAAUUAGGUCCACCAGAACCAAUUAAACCAGACCUUGGUCGGUUAGAGUUCUUUGUUGACUGCUCAGCCAAUGCCACACCAGAAUUUGAGGGUCGUGGAGGAGAGGUUUUGGCUACUGAAAUUAGCACCAUGUUGUCACAAGCCUAUGGAAAUCUGAAUGCUCUUGACCUAAAAUCCUUAUGUGUCAUUCCAAAUUCGCAAUGUUGGAUUCUUUACGUUGAUAUUUUGUUACUUGAAUGUGGUGGUAAUUUGUUUGAUGCUGUCUCAGUUGCUGUUAAAGCAGCUCUCUUUAAUACCAGAAUCCCCAAUGUGUCUGUACUUAAAGGUGAUGAAGGUCAAAUGGAACUGGAGAUAUCAGAUGAUCCAUAUGAUGUCAAACAACUUGAUACAACAUACUGUCCAUGUUUGGUAACUUUAAGCAAGAUUGGUUAUUUUCAUGUUGUUGAUGCCAGCCCUAAAGAAGAAGCUUGUUGCUUAGCCAGAUUAAUAAUGGGUGUUACAGAAAGUGGUGUAAUAACUGCAAUGAAGAAGGAAGGGUCUGGAAGUUUAGAUCCUGAGAGUAUAUAUGAUAUGAUGGAGACUGGAAAAAAAGUUGGUGAGAUGCUUGGAAAGAAUUUGACUGCCAUACUUAAAGAAGAAGAAUUGUUAGACAAGAAAAAGAAAGCUGUGGGUUUUUUAAAAUAAUUUUACUGUACAUCAAGCUUUGUUCUUUUAUAAAAAAUGAAAUACAUGGGUUAAAAAAAAAAAAA